AUGGUCCAAACACUUUCUGUUACAACAGAAUUGAAAGUAAAUCUGAACAAACUUACUUACAUUCGAAACAGCACAGGACAAGCACACAAUAUGGAGAACUAUGCAGCACUGAUACAGCAACAAAUUAAUGAGGACAAACAAAACUUGAGAGAAAAGACUGUAUAUGGAGUCCAGCUCACAGAAGAAAAACUUAAUGACUUCCGUGAUGAACAGAUUGGACAGCUGAAGGAACUGAUGGCUGAAGCUACCAAACCUCAUAAAAAACUCACUAUUUCUAAAGACUCGGAACACAAAACCUGA